AUGGACGCCAUCCGAGCUCGCUUGGACGCCAUUCGAGCGCGUUCGCCCGUCACCGACCGCCAUGGACGAACCGAACGCGCCGAAAACGGUGCUUUCAAUGACGAGCGUUUUAAAUUCACGUCACGCGACGCCGACGCAUUCACCGCGCCCGCGUCGCCCACGAGUCCGUUCGCGACGGAUGAUGACGCUCGAGUCGCCGUGGACACCGCUAUCGAGCGUUUGGAGGCUCUCAGCACGACGAUGCCGGCGGUGAAGAGCGCGUUGGAGCUCGUGGAGCGCGACGCCGCGGGACGGGUCACGACGGCGUCGUUCGCGCGCGUGGCGGAGGCGUUGAAGGAGAUCUCCGAUUUGGUGGCGAGUCGCGGCGUGAUGAACGGGGAGAAACCCACGAUAACGGUGCCGCCGCGAUCGCCGGCUGGGGGGAUGUCGUCGCUCGGGAGUUCACCGAGGAUCGUCAGCCCGGGCGGUUUGAGGCGGUCGACGUCGCCGAUCGGACCGGCGAGGCGAGUGCGCGUGGACGGUGACGACGAGGACGUGCGAGAGGUUCCGAGUCAAACGAAUCGUGUGCGAGUGGCUGUGAACGAUCGUGAUGAGGACGAUGAGGUGUCGGCGGCGCGUUUUCGCGAGUGGGGCGAGCACGUGCGAGCGACUGGGCGAGCAACCGAACAUCGCGAAGUCGAGAACCACCUGAGGGAGGACAUGAUCGAGCAGUACCGUGCGUUUCUUCAAAACGCCACGCCACCAAGAGAUCCCUUCAUCGCAGCCUUAGCGGAACAAAUGAUGAACUCGAUUCGCGAAAAGGAGGAGAUGACGCAGGGCGUGCACCGAGCGAGACAGAUGAUCGAGGCGCUGGCAGAGUCGGACAAGGCGAAGACGCUCGCGAUCGAGCGGUUGUGCGAAGAGAUCGAGCGAAUGGGCGGUCAAGUCCCGGAUGAUGUCGAUAAAUUAGGCGUACAGUGGGCGCCGGGCGCUUUCGACGAACAAGGCUCGGACGACGACGAAUGA